GUUCCUCUUCACUUUAAUCAUGUAGUAACGUCUGACUCAUGUGGGCUGACGUCCUUCUCUAAAACGCUUAAAAGGGCCAAAACUGCCGUGCUUCAAAGUAAUACUGAAAAGCACUUGUUUGUGUCAUAUUUAUGGUAUAAAUAUUAUUUAUUUAUUUAUUUUUUUCUCCACUACUUUGGUCUAUUUUUUAACAGAAAAAAAAAAUUUCACCAAAAACAAUUCAAAUGUUUUUACUUUUGCACAGAGUUUUAUCCGUUAACCUCAUAUCGCUGCUUUUUAUUAUGCUGCCUCCUUUUACUUUAUCAUUUUUUCUCACUGACUCCAACCCGCUCUUAUCCUUUGGUAAUCAAGUCAGGGAAGUCCACCUUUACACGGAUAACCACAGAAGAGGACUAUACCUGGAGAUGACUCCGGAUGGGAGAGUUUCAGGAAGUGACGGUCAGACAGCCUACAGUGUGCUGGAGCUGAAAUCUGUGAAACCAGGCCACGUUGUCAUCCGGGGACAAUCUUCGUCCAUGUUUCUUUGUGUGGACAGCCGUGGGACAUUGAAGGGACAGAGUCACUACACAGAAACAGACUGCACCUUUCGAGAGCAGCUGCUAGCAGACGGGUACAGCCACUUCACGUCUUUGCACCAUGGCGUUCCUGUGUCUUUGGCCAAAAAGCUCCACUUGGGUCAACACACGCUGCCCUUCGUUAAAUUUCUGCCACUCAGGAAUGUUAGACGGUACGAAUCCGUGUCAGAAACACCACAAACCAACCAGAGACAUUUCAAUUUGGACUCCGAUGAUCCUGUUGGAAUGGCCCUUUAUUCUAUGGCAAGUCCUCAGUUCUCACUGGAAAAGUAAUGACUGACUCACUUGAAGUUAAAGCGUGCCUUCUGGCAGUGUGCAGACUUGACUUUGUUUUGUUUUGAUUGUGUAUUUAAUUUUUUUUUUAUUAUUAUAACUAACGCAUUAUUUAUGAAUUUGUAAUAUAUUUAAAAUGGGGCUAUCGAUUUAUUAAAAUAUUUAAUUGUGAAUUUGUGAUUUAUCGUGAUUUUUUUCAUCUGUAUUAAAAUAUAUUAAAUAAGAAAUCAUAAGAGUCUUUAUUAUAGGAAAUGACAAAUACAUAAAAAUACAUUAUGGCACGUUGAUGUAUUAGUGGAGGAGUUUGAAAUACAAAUAGCGGCGUACGGGGUUUUGAGCAGGAUGACUACAGUACAGUACUACUGUUCAUGGGUUGAGCAAAGGUUCUGAAUCAUAACAGUACAACACUGCCCUCUACUGUACGGUAACACGAAAAGCAGGUUUACAAAAGCAUUCAUGAAGCUAAUGUUUAGAGCCAGAGCUUGAAGGUUAUCUCUGA